AUGAAAUUCCUGCAAUUGUGUUUGGCACUUGUGGGUCUUCAAUAUGUCACUGCUCAAAACUUUUACGACAAAAAUGCCGAUAUUGCAGAGUUGACGCCUAAGACAUUUGACAAAGUAGUCCAUCGGACAAACUACACCACACUGGUAGAGUUCUAUGCCCCUUGGUGCGGCUAUUGCCAACAGCUGAAGGGAAUCAUGAAAAAAGCUGCAAAAAAUCUAGAUGGCAUUGUACAAGUCGCAAGCGUGAAUUGCGAUGAGGCCAAAAACAAACAAUUGUGCGCCCAGUACCGUGUUGAAGGGUUUCCAACGCUGAUGGUGUUCCGUCCACCAAAAUUUGAUCUCAACAAAAGUCCAGAAGACAGAAUUCGUUUGGGAAACCAUGCGAGUGAGGUAUACAAAGGCGAAAGAAAGCUCAGGCCUUUAGUCGAUUUCUGCGUAUCCCGCGUCAAGAACUACGUGAACAGAAUCCAAAGACUGGAAAAGCUAGUGGACACACUUAGUGCGAAGCCCAACUCUAGAUUGAAAGCUGUUCUUUUCUCUCAGAAAGAGAAAAUCUCUCCGAUGUACAAGAGUUUGGCGCUCGAUUGGUUGGGCGCCAUAGACUUUCAUGUGUUCCUCAAUUCGAAACUACGAGACUCAGCAGAUCAUUUGAAGAAGCUGCCCAAUGACACGAAGGACUUGUUCUUGACAUUACAAGAGACGCAAGUUGAAUCUGAACUCAGUAAGUUGGUGAUCUUUGACACCGAGACUCAAAAACACUACGUUUAUGACGGUUCCUCUUUCGAUAAAGCUAGCCUCUGGAGAUUUUUAUCGCAAUGGGCUCAAUCGCGUGAGGGUCCCUUCACCAAACGUCAGGCAUAUUUGGAUGGUGUUAAAUCUAACUCUAAAAAAGUUCGUAACAAGAACAAGAAGAACAAAGCUGCAGAGGAAAAUCCUCACGAUGAGCUGUAA